GGUCGACAUGAAUUUGAACCCAUCUGCUGAUUCUCUAGAGCUUUGUUAGUUUGGAAUAUUUCCACAUACCAACAUGUUCUAGGGAAAUGCGAUAUUCUGAGUAUUCAGCCACAACCACAGUCUUCUCGAAGCUACACACAAACGAGGAACGGUAGCUGAGUCAUAUAAUUUUCUGGGUUCCUGAGAAACAUGAUUGUGUCUGCUCUUCUGACAUCUGUUGGGAUCAAUACUGCUCUAUGUGUGUUGUUCUUUACAUUGUAUUCUAUAUUGAGGAAACAACCAAGCAAUUAUGAAGUUUAUGUACCGCGCCUGCUGGCAGAAGGAACUUCUAAGAGGAGAAGUCGUUUCAACUUAGAAAGACUAAUACCUUCUCCAGGUUGGGUUGCUAAAGCCUGGAGCCUUUCUGAGGAGGAACUGUUAUCAUUGUCAGGGUUAGAUACUGUGGUUUUUAUGCGUAUUAUAACCUUCAGUUUGAAAAUAUUUACUUUUGCUGGGACUAUUGGAAUCCUAGUGAUUCUUCCAGUCAACUGCUGGGCAGAUCAGCUACAAGAUUUUGAUGGUGCAGAUUUCACCAACAGCUCCUUGGAUGUGUUCACUAUAUCAAAUGUAAACAGUGGCUCUAACUGGUUAUGGGUCCACUUCAGUGCCGUAUAUAUUGUCACUGGUUUCAUAUGUGUACUUCUUUUUUAUGAGUAUAAACACAUAUCUUCUAGAAGAAUUUCUUAUUUUUAUUCAUCGGAACCGCAACCUCAUCAGUUCACCAUUUUAGUUCACAGCAUUCCAACUUCCAACUCUUGCAGCAUCAGUGACAGUAUUGAUAGCUUCUUUAAAGAGCUUUACCCUUCUACAUAUCUAUCACAUGUGGUUAUUCGCCGUACAAGCAAAAUCGGAAGUCUCCUAAAUGAAGCAAAGAAUUUGUAUAAAAAGGUUACUCAAUUACGAUCAGACCCCAUUCAGCAAAAACAUAAGCAUGGUGGUUUUCUUGGACUAUUUGGCAAAAAAAUAAAUAAACAUAUAGAGCAUUAUGAAAAGAAGUUAGAGGACAUUGAGGUGAAUGUAAAAUUGCAGCAGUCAGAGGCUUCAUUGGCAGGUGAAGAGGCUCGAGCUGCCUUCGUAUUCUUCAAGGCUCGGUAUGCUGCUGCUACAGCUUUACAUUUGCAGCAAUCAGUCGAUCCUACCCAGUGGGUUACUGAGUUAGCUCCAGAACCUCAUGAUGUUUACUGGCCUUUCUUCUCUAAAUCAUUCAUGAGAAGAUGGAUUUCGAAGUUGGUGGUUGUAGUUUUGUGCAUUGUUUUCACUAUUAUGUUCCUUUUACCUGUCGUAUUGGUUCAGGGGCUUACCAACUUAAGUCAAUUGGAAACUUUGUUUCCAUUCUUGACAAGUAUCCUAACCAUAAAAUUUGUCAGUCAAAUAAUUACAGGAUACCUUCCCAGCCUUAUUCUUCAGCUGUUUCUGAAACUGGUUCCACCUGCCAUGGAGUUCCUUUCCUCUAUUCAAGGAUAUAUCUCACGCAGUGCUAUAGAAAAGAGCGCAUGUACUAAAGUGUUGUGGUUCACUAUAUGGAAUGUUUUUUUCGCGACUGUAUUUUCCGGGUCAUUUUUAUCUAUGAUAUUUAUCAUCCUCGAUCCCAAAGGCAUUCCUGAGAAACUGGCAAUUGCAGUUCCUGCACAGGCAUCAUUUUUUAUUACUUAUGUUGUCACGUCAGGAUGGACAAGUACAUCAUCAGAACUCUUCCGUAUAAUGCCUUUCAUUCUCAGUUUGAUAACACGACUUUUCACAAGUCCAGACGAUGAAUUUGAAGUUCCAUCCAUUCCAUACUACAAUGAUAUUCCAAGGAUCCUUUUCUUUGGACUUCUAGGCCUUACAUAUUUCUUCCUAGCACCACUAAUUUUACCGUUCUUGUUGGCCUACUUUUGUCUUGCAUACAUCAUUUAUCGAAACCAGUUUAUGAAUGUAUAUGCACCAAAGUAUGAAACUGCUGGGAAAUUUUGGCCCGUUGUGCACAAUUCAAUGAUAUUUUCUCUAGUACUCAUGCACAUCAUUGCAGUGGGAAUAUUCGCAUUGAAAAAACUCUCCCUAGCAUCUACCUUGACGCUUCCUCUACCAGUUGUCACGCUUUUAUUUAACGAGUACUGCAGAAAACGGUUCCUACCCAUAUUUGUUGCAUACUCUGCAGAGACUUUGAUAAGGAAAGAUAGGGAAGACCAGAAUGAUGCUGCAAUGACUGAGUUUUAUGACAAUUUGGUUAAUGCUUAUGAAGACCCUGCUUUGCUUCCAAUUCAAUCUUCAUCAAACACUGACAAUCUUUCCAGUCCUCUUAUAUCUGAAGCUUAAAGUUGAUGCAGUGUUAUUCAAUAUUAGACCUGUUGUUUUGGCUCUUUCCUGCAUGUGAUUGAAGAUUCAUAUUUCAAGAGCAAUGGGAUGCAGAACGUGCUUGUAUUAGACCAAUUAUUUGUUAUUUUUAUUGUAUUGUAAUAUUAAUUAAUACAUAUUGUAUAUAUUGAGUUACAUAUAAGUUGUGAAAAAAAUGGACUCUGAGAAUAUUAUGAAAA